AUAGCUGUAUGAAAAGGAGAAAACACGCGGAAGCUCUCGCGUCCCUUCAAUGUGACAAGGAUGCUUGACGUGUGAGAGAACUGCCGGAGCACUUCACGAGUCAAACAGCCUGUUCGCUGACCUUUGACCCCAAGCCACACUUGAUAGUCCUUACAGUCUGUGCGUCAUGUCCAGUGCUGGUUCAGCCUCACACAAACCCGCCAGGAGCCAACACUCCCGGCACCAUGGCUCCGCCUCCAAAGGCUUCAAAGACAUCCACAUCGACGAGGAAGUCAAGAUCUCGAUGAACCUCUCGCUGGAGAGGUUCCACUACAGUGACCAGAGAGAGAUGGAGUUCCCCUCCUCGCUGUCCAGCACCGAGCGGGCUUUCAUUCAUCGCAUGGCUCAGUCCCUGGGUUACAUUUCCAAGAGCAAAGGGAAAGGACCGACUCGCUUCCUCACCAUCAAGAAGAAGAGCGGCGCCGACAAACCCCGGCCUAACAUGCCGCUGGCGGUCUCCCACAACUCCUUGUAUUUCAUCCGCAGCCUCCUUCAGAGGUUCCCCAUCAGCAAUAAGGAACGCAGCGACAUGCAGCCCACCAACAAAAAUGCUGUGUCUGUUGCUGCAGAAUCUGACGGCAGCUGUGAGAGGAACAGAGCGAGCGGCCGCAUACACAACGGCAUCCCCAUGGUGCCGCGCAGGAGGAACCCGUCGGAGCUGGACAGCUUCCGGAGCGCGCUGCCCGUGCACGAGCGCCAGGACGAGAUCGUCCAGCUCAUCGGAGGAAACCGGGUCGUGUUGGUGGUGGGAGAGACCGGCUCCGGAAAGACGACACAGAUCCCGCAGUUCCUGCUGGACGAGUGCAGCAGGAACGGAGACCCCUGCAGGAUCUUCUGCACUCAGCCCAGACGGCUGGCCGCCAUCGCUGUGGCCGAGAGAGUGGCGGCGGAGAGAGGAGAGAGCGUGGGCCAGACCGUCGGUUACCACAUCCGGCUGGAGAGCAGGGUCUCGCCUAAGACGCUGCUGACCUUCUGCACCAGUGGAGUGCUGCUCCGAACUUUGAUGGCUGGAGACGCCAGCCUGACGACGGUCACACAUGUCAUUGUGGACGAGGUGCAUGAACGUGACGGUCUGACCGACUUCCUGCUCACCAAGAUGAGGGAUGUGCUGCAGAAGAUUCCCACGCUCAAGCUGAUCCUGUCCAGUGCAGCUCUGGAUAUCGAUCUGUUCCUGAAGUACUUUGGCUCCUGCCCCGUUAUCCACCUCGUAGGAAGACAGUUCGAGGUGAAGGAAUUCUUUCUGGAAGACAUUCUGAUGCUGACGGACUUCAACAACAAAGACAUGAAGAAAUACAAAGAGGAGACCCAGAGAAAGGAGAAGAAGCAGAAGUGUCUGACGGAGUGGUGUAACGCCGUGGAGGAGGAGAAGCUGAGGAGCUCUGUGUCUGCAGCGGGCCUCCUGCAGGACGGCAGCGCCCUGGACACGCUGGCUGAGAACGAGGCGGAGCAGCUGGAGCCGUGGCUGCUGAAGGAGAUGGACUCGUGCAUCUCCAACAUCUUCCUCAACGAAGACCAGGAUGUGUUCAUCCAACUCUUCAACCUCAUCCUCUACGAGAGCGUGAGCGUGGACUACAGGCAUAGCGACACGGGGGCGUCGCCUCUGAUGGUGGCUGCAGCUCGAGGGUUCAUCACGCAGAUGGAGCAGCUGCUCAGCAUGGGGGCGGACAUCAACAUGAAGGCAUCCAACGGCUGGACCGCUUUAGACUUCGCUAAACACUUCCAGCAGGCCGACGCGAUGGACCUACUCAAGUCUUCCAUUCCUCUGGGGGAGGGGAGCAGCCCGGACGAGUCCGCUCUGCUGCAGGCUGAGGGUGCCGACAUGAGUGCUGAGGAGCAGGAGCUGCUCAAACUCUACCACCACAGCUUCGAUGACGAGCAGGUGGACAUGGACCUCAUCAUGGACCUGCUGCACAACAUCUGCUCCACCACCAGUGAAGGUGCCGUCCUGGUCUUUCUUCCUGGAUACGAUGUGAUCGUGUCCCUCAGGGACCGCAUCCUGUACGACGAUAAGAGGUUCUCCAGCCACGCUGACAGGUUCCAGGUGUUCACGCUACAUUCAGACAUGCAGACUCUGGAUCAGAAGAGAGCCAUGAAGAACUCUCCCCCUGGGGUCAGGAAAAUAAUCCUUUCCACCAACAUCGCUGAGACGAGCAUCACGAUCAACGACGUGAUCUUCGUCAUCGACUCGGGGAAGGUCAAAGAGAAGUCCUUUGAUACCCUCAGCCAUGUGUCCAUGUUGAAGACGGUGUGGAUCUCCAAGGCCAGCGCUUUGCAACGGAAGGGAAGAGCCGGCCGCUGCAGACCUGGGAUCUGCUUCCGCCUCUUCAGUCGACUCCGGUUCAACAACAUGCUGGAGUUCCAGGUUCCACAGCUGCUGCGGAUGCCGCUGCAGGAACUGUGUCUGCAGACCAAGCUGCUGGCUCCCUCCUCGUGUCCAGUAGCUGAGUUCUUGUCCAAAGCUCCUCAGCCUCCGGCUGCACACGCCAUCAAGAACGCUGUGCAGAUGCUAAAGACGAUAGACGCUAUGGACCAGUCCGAGGACCUGACCGACCUGGGCUACCACCUGGCCGACCUCCCCGUGGAGCCCCACCUGGGCAAGAUGGUGCUGUGCGCCGUGGUGCUCAAGUGCCUGGACCCCAUCCUGACCAUCGCCUGCACGCUGGCCUACCGGGACCCCUUCGUGCUGCCGGCCCAGGCGUCUCAGAAGAGAGCCGCGCUGCACAACCGCAAGUGCUUCACCUCCACCUCGUUCAGCGACCACAUGGCCCUGCUGAGGGCCUUCCAGGCGUGGCAGAAAGCCCGCAGUGAAGGCUGGGAGAGGUCCUUCUGCGAGAAGAACUUCCUGUCGCAGGCCACCAUGGACAUGAUCCUGGGCAUGAGGACGCAGCUGCUGGGGCAGCUCCGAGCAAUCGGCUUCGUGCGAGCCCGUGGAGGCAGCGACAUCCGGGACGUGAACCUGAACUCUGAGAACUGGGCCGUGGUGAAGGCGGCGCUGGUGGCCGGCAUGUACCCCAACCUGGUGCACAUCGACCAGGAGACCUCGCUGUUCUCCAGCAACCGGGAGAAGAAGGUCCACUUCCACCCCACCUCCAUCCUGAACCAGGCCCAGCCGAAGGAGAACGGCAUCGCUAAGCCGGCCCAGGCCCUGCCCACCGACUGGUUGAUCUACGACGAGAUGAGCCGAGGCCACCGGAUGGCGAGCGUCCGCUGCUGCUCCGUGAUGACCUCCGUCACCGUGGCCGUGUUCGGAGGCUGCGCCAAGCUGCCCAGCUCCGCCCUGCAGGAACCCGCUGCACAGAGAGCUACAGACGGCUCGGGGGACGCCAGUGACAGUGAGACGGAGGAGCUGUCUGAGAUGAGGAUCGAUGACUGGCUCGUGUUCCACCUGGACAAGGAGGCUGCAGGUCUGGUGUUUGAACUCAGGCAGAAGUGGCAGAACCUGUUCAUCAAGAGGAUCCGCUGUCCUUCAAAGCCCUGGUCCCAACAAGAUGAGGCCAUCAUCCGGACCCUGGUGUCUGUGCUGGCGGCCGAGGAGCAGGCAGCGGGCCUGCAGCAGCCCACGGGGAUCGGCCAGCGGCCCCGGCCCAUGUCCUCUGAGGACGGGCCCCAGGCUUCAAUGAAGAGCUCCAGGAACGGCCCCCAGCUGCCCCCCAGCACCACCAACGACAAGCCUCGUAGCGUGCCGGCCUCCUGGAGCCUCCUCCAGGGGAAAGCCCCGCACAGAGAAGAGGCCUCCUCCACGCCCCUCAAGCCGGCCUCUGAGGAGUCCUCCGGCAGCUCCUCCUGCUCCGUGAGCCUGGACAGCCCCUCCUUCAGCCCCUGCUCCUCCUCCUCGGGGAAGCAGACCACAAAGCCAGCGUCUCCUCCCCAGCUGCUCUUCUCCUCCGUGCGCUACUUCAUCAUGAAGAGCAGCAACGUGAGGAACAUCGACAUCUCUCAGCAGAAAGGCAUCUGGUCCACCACGCCCAGCAACGAGGCCAAGCUCACCAAGGCCUUCCUGGAGAACAGCGCCAUCAUCCUGGUCUUCUCCGUCCAGGGCUCGGGACACUUCCAGGGCUACGCCCGCUUGACGUCGGUGGUCAGCCAGGAGAGCGGCCAGGACUGGGGCUUCAUGGGGCUCGGGGGGGUCUUCAGCGUGGAGUGGAUCCACAAGGAGAGCCUCCACUUCCAGGGCUCCCAACACAUCCUCAACCCCUGGAACGAGAACAAGAAGGUCCAGAUCAGCAGGGACGGACAGGAGUUGGAGCCCCAGGCCGGCAGCCAGCUGCUGCAGCUGUGGGACAGAGCCUCCGCGGUCCAGUGAGGUAGCAGCAGAACCACGCACACACAUCCUAUACGCAAAGAAAACUUGUAUUUUUAUACCCGAUCUUAAAUGUUUUAAGUCUGUUUUUCCUUGACCGGCACGAGGACUGCACUACGAGCUCCAUUAGACGAUGGGGGACUCAAUGUUCCUGUGUUUUUAUUUAAUACGUUCUCCGUCAGGUUUUAUUCAUUUUAUUGAAGAAAAGGUACUCGAGUUCUUAUCAAAUAUGUUUACAGUGAAAUGUCUGUUAGUCGGGUCUGACUUAAUAAGAAGGGAUGACAUGUGUUACGUAUUCAGAAGCUGCUACAGUUCCAGGUUUGUGUGAUGAAGGUGUUGAGUGACGUGUGCAAAGCUCUCAUGACACUAUUGCCGGCAGAAACAAUCUGAAUAUUUGUCGUUGGCAUUUUGAAUUGUUCCAGUUUGCUGCUGCAUGCAGAGACAAGAACGUGUUGUCGGAUUCAGACAAAAUAAACCAUCAUUUUACCUUAAA